CUCAUGACUGUGAAGGAAUGAAUUCAAGGACCAGUCUAUGGGGAGUAUUUUUUUUCUCUGUGACUUCAAACUUCUCUCUGAGCUCGCAGAGUUUUAGUCAGCUGGCAUGCAACAGAGGUACGACUUCCCCAAGGAAACUCUUCCUCAGCUUUUGCUGGAAAGGCUGCUGGGAGAGUCCGGGAGACAGAAGGCUGCAAGCAGAGGCGAAACCUCCUCCUCCAGCCCCAGAGCAGAUGUGGAUAGCCAUUUAGGUGGAGGGGUAGGAGGGCUGCAACGCUUCAGGAACGUGACGCGUGGACGCGCAACCCUAAAGUAAACACGCCGCCUGUACCGCGCGCAGGGUUAAAUGGUGCAACCGGCAAAGAUAAGUCACUUAUUCCUCUGAGCAAACCCGGGGCCCGAUCCCACCCGUUCCUCUGUCAAAACCCCCUUGUUUCCUGGCGUGCUCCUGUCCCGCGCAAGGACUGCAGGAUGUCGUACAGUAGCUGGCUUUGUUCAGAGUGCAGCAGUGCCUGGGACCCGGCAAGAGCCCGGAGAGGAGUCGGAGGGAAGACGAGCAACAUAAUUUAAAGCAGACACUGUCCCAAAUAAGAUUACUUCCCUCAAAAUGCCUUAUUUCUAAAGUUGCGAGUAAGCUGCUUUGCAUCCUGCAUGGGUGAAUGGGAAGCUGAAGAGCAGUUUCGUCGGUGCCAGGACUGGAUAAGUUUUGAAGACCUGGAUAUGCGUUUCAAAGACAUGAUAAGCAGUGUAUGGGGAUGCAAGAAACGCUUGAAACAAGGUAAAUGUGAAAUAUUCACUCUUUCUAACAGUGAAGGCGCUGACAAAGAAGCAAAGUUUCUUGUCUGAAGAAGGAUAAGACCCUGGGGAAUUUGGUUUGUUUUGUGUAUUUGCUUUUAUUUAAGCUCUGUUUGGCACAGAAUAACUUCACUGUAAGUUGUCUAAGCACUUAAAAAAAUACUUUUUGGGAAAAAAUGGAGGCUGCUGCUGUUGUUAGCUACAAAUGUCAUCUAUUAAUUCUUUUCAGGUUUAAUAUUAUAAAAGAGAUGGGGGCAAAUCUUGUUCUAGCAUGGGAACUGGACAAAUCGAGAUUAAAUCCUAGUUCUAUCGUAGUUUUCAAACUUGUCUGUGGCAAAUCGCCCUCCUCUGCUAGUGCCCUCCCAUAUGUUAAAAGGACACAGUGAUUCUGCCUGGAUACCGUGCUUUUUCUAAAUGACAGAAUAUUUUGCCCGCUUGCUAAGACUCCUUGGUGGUGUCACUGAAACCACGUGUACUUUUCAACUGUGAAUGGGGCUGGGAAAUUUCCCCAAACUGUGAUGGAAAGCUGUGACAUUAAACAUGGUUCAAAGCUCAGUUCUGCUCUGAGAAAUGCUAGGAUAUUUAUCACAGUUGACAGUGGGAGCAAACUGGCACCAUGAGUGAAACUGCUUCAGCUUGGUGUAAGCCUCACAGCAAUAAAAACUCCUUUAGGUUGAGUUACUGCUUUUGCUGCUCCCAGGCUGGUGUUGAAAGUGAAGGUGCGAACCAUCAGUCCUGAUGCAGGCAGGUAGUUGCUGUGCUCAGCAGGCUUCUUUGCCUUGUCCAACAUUCACUCUUUCACGGCAUGGAAGCCAGCACGGUGCUGUGCCCUGUGUCAGGAUGUACCUCUGAUGUGAAGAUCUGUGACAGCAAAGGUCCACGAUGCUAAACUGCAAGAGGUCAAUGGGCUCCUUUGAGCUCUAUGUGCUGCACUGGGCAAAGGUGGUGGGGUGGCUGAGAUGCUGCUGGGAGGGGAGAGAGGAGGGGGAUGUGGUGCUGGACACACAAGAUAUUGCAGAGAAAGGUGGCUGGUCGAGAGAGAUGUCUGCAGAAACUCUAAGCAGGAAAAGCUCUGCAGCUGGGCAACUAAGCUGAAAAUAACCUUGGGAAGGGAAUCUCUGUGGAUGACGAGGUAGCACCAUAACAUGAGGAGUGGCUUAUCCUGUUCUGGAAUGAGUCCAUGCGGUCUAAUAUUUUGAGCACAAGACCAUCAUGUUCCAGUACUUUGGAGCUCCAGGGUGACAGUUGCCUUAUAUAAUACCCUGACGGACAGAUUUCUUGCUUGCUAUAGAUCUGCCUUGCUCUACACACCACUAAGUCAGGUUCUUGGUUGGAAAUAUAUCAUUUUCCCUGUUGCUUUAUGAAUUUAUGACAUUUCAAAGCAUUUUAAGGCUCUGGAUUGUGCCAAGGCUAUCAUUUAAGAAGGAAACGGAUCUUUUUUUUUGCACUGGUGGUGUGACAGAGUAGAUAUGGCAGACAGCAUGGGACACCCACUGUGCAUUAGGGUGAUGCCUUAUUGUGGUAACAUUCAUGGAGAAUUUGUCAUCUUAUUUCAUUAGGUUUAAGCACAAACAAUUUCCUUUUGAAUGUUCUGAGUAAAGUCUUCAAAAGUCACACAUCAUCAGUAUGUUCGUCAUUUCUCUCAGUUCUAGCAAACUAAUACCAAAAUGAUAAAAGCCAUCCUCUCCUCCACCCCCUGGACAAAUGUCUUGGCUUGGAGUCCACAAGCACCCAUUCUCUGCAGGCCUCAGGAGUGUGCAACAGAGAAGGAACACCACAGACAUUAUAAAUGGUGGUACCAGCAGUUCUUCCCUCCACAGAAAGAUUUUGGAGCAUUUUGCAAACAAUAAUUAAAAGGCUUGAGAAUGAGCAUGUUCAUGCUCAUUUAAGGGAGGGGGAAAAUGUGACUGAAACUGGCAGAAAUGAAUAUCCCAGGGUGUUACGUUCCCCACGCUGAAUGUGGCUGAACUGUGAGAGUUCCACGGAGACCUCACCCUCAGGUGAACCUGUUCAAUGGUUGUCAUGCUUUGUGGAAGCACAGAGCUUCAGAUGAAUCCCUCAAGCAGUGACUAAGUGGAGGGAUCUCCACCAGCUGGCAACGAUUCCAUCUUUUCUCUUUUGCUUUCAGCCUCGUGAUGCUCUGUGGGUGGAAGCUGCUGAGUAAUGAACCAUGAAACUGUACGUCAUCCUUUUCCUGGCGGUGGUGAACAGAGGGAUCUCUAACUAUCGGCCCAUGGAGGGGACAUCCUGUGAAGUGGCAAACAUGCAGGCAUUUUGCCACAGCAAAGACCUUCACCAAAUCCCUCAAGAGCUCCAUCUGAAUGUAAACAAAAUAGAUCUAUCCGGAAACCUGAUUCAAAGUAUCCCCGAAAUGCCAUUAUCAUUUUAUACUUCCCUUCAGUGCCUGGAUUUAAGCUCUAAUCAGAUAAGCUUCAUCAAGCCUGGAGUCUUUGAACAUAUGACGAGACUGCGGGAAAUAAAUUUAGCCAACAACCAGUUAUAUGAGUUUGCUCAGAAUGGGACGGCGGGGAUUGGACUCUUACCCAAGGUGGAAAUACUGGACUUGUCCCACAACAGUCUCUACAAUGGGAUGACUGAGUAUUUCAUUAAACAAGCUCCAGCACUGCAGUAUCUUUCCUUGGCAGGCAACAGUAUUAUAAUGAUCUCACAGAAGAUGUUUCAGGGAUCUCCCAAUCUCCUGGAGCUAGAUCUCCAAAGUAAUAUCAUCAUGGAAAUACAAGAAGGUGCUUUUGAGACUCUGGUGAACCUUUCCAAACUCAAUCUCUCCAUGAAUUCAAUUACUUGCAUCUCCGAUUUCAACCUCAAGCAGCUGGAGGUACUUGACCUUAGCAGAAAUAGCAUUGAGACCUUCCAUACCACAAAGUCAGAGGAUGAGUAUAGCUUAAGAUGCUUGGAUCUGAGUGAAAACAAACUGCAGACCUUCCCAGUCUUCCCCCAAGUGAACAAGCUGGUAACUCUCAAUUUAUCAAAGAAUUUAAUUCAGCUCACUGCUGAAUCCCCUCAUAAUAAAAUGGACUAUAUGGAGAAAGACUGGCUAGAUGCAUCUUUUCAUCUUCUUGAUCAGAAGCAAAGUAGAAAUAAAAGUUCUCUUUAUUUAUCCCAACUCAUAUAUUUAGACUUAAGUUAUAAUGAAAUCAAAUCUAUUCCAAAUGAGUUCUUUGAGUCAAUGUUGUCCCUUCACACCCUUAAUCUCAGUAAAAACUGUCUCCAGACUUUUACAGUAACUUAUGACAGUACACUGAUCUCCCUAACCAUCCUUGACUUGAGUUACAACGCUUUGCAGAACCUUUUCCUCGAUGCUGGCACAUUGUCAAAUUUGAAGGAGCUCUAUAUUCAAAACAACCAGCUCCAGUCCCUGCAGUUUGACAUCUUUUCACGUCUUCCUAGCCUCGAACUGCUUAAUCUACAGAGCAAUAAUAUCAGCCUUUGCAGCAUGUACUCAGGACUAGCUAAGCAAAGACUUGCUGGAGAGGAAAGUGGCUGUGUAUCGUUUGUUGAUUCUCCUGCUCUUCAAUACUUGUACCUAGCUGAUAAUAUGUUGACCAUCCUACCAGCAUACACUUUCUAUAAGACUUCCUUGGUUGUCUUAGAUCUCUCUAUGAAUCCAGGACUGAAAAUAGAAGUUAAAGCACUAUCAGGGCUGGAAAGGUCUCUAGAAUAUUUGUAUUUACAUGGCAACAGCCUGACAGAAUUGAAUAUUGACUUGCCUUGUUUUAAUCACCUUAAACAUCUAAACCUUUCUGAAAAUCAGCUGAACUGGCUACCUACAUGGGGUAGUGACUCUCCAUUGGAAGUUCUGGAUCUACGGAAUAACAGAUUUAGUACGCUAGAGAGCAGCAAUAUUUUAGCAUUGGAAAAUUCUCUUAAGAACUUGUAUCUCACUGGGAACCCACUCAAUUGCUGUGGAAACAUCUGGCUUUCAUCAAUGAUCCAGAACAAAAAUGUUGAGAUCCCCAAUGUAGAGCACUUAACAUGCCAGUACACUCAGAACUUCGGGUACCAGGAAGAAAUGCACAUUGGGAACAUUAGACCAGAAGCCUGUGAAAAAGAGGAUCUAAAGAAAAUCAACUUUCUUAUUAUAUUAACGUUUGUUUUGGUGUUAUCCGUGAUCAUCAUUGGAGUGGGUUCGUUUUUCUGCUUCCGCAGGCAGAAUUUUAGCCAUCAGUUCAAAGCAUAGCGCACACAAUGCCUUGACAACUGAAGAAAUCAGGUGCUACACUGCAAGUGUGUAGAAAUGAAGGGUGAAAUUAUUGUCUUUGAUUUUUAACUGUGGAUUUUAAGACCAUUUCAAAACGCCCCUAAGCUACACCACUACGGUGCUCUAGUUUGUGGGGAAUGAAUGGAGAAUUUGUGAUAUUUUGCACUUGCUUCAUUCACAAGCAGAUCUGUCUACAAAGUUUACACAGCAGUAUCAGAGACCUCUAUAAAGCCCUACUGUUGUAAGGGAUGAGUAAUUCAAAUUUGAUCCCCAAAAAAGCAAAAGAAAUCAAAGUCUCUAAACUUCUCACUAAACUCAGAGAUACUUUGUUGAUGUUGCCUGCAUAUAACGAAAUUUUGUAAAUUAAGCAUGUUAACUGAAUCACCUUUUUAUUACAGUCAUUGGGGCAGCUGAUGACAUCAGCUGGGUGGGGGAGCAUCAUGAAAUUUCACAAAAUGAUGCAUCUCUAUGAAGUAUUUCACUGUGGUCUGAACUUUGCUUUUUCCUUAGUGGUUUUUUCUUUUUUUAAAAAAAAGUCCCUAACCCUUGUUAAAGAGAAAUCAUAUAAAUCAACACCACUGCAGAGCAAAAUCCGAUCAUGCGUUCUUUUGAAUUUGAUUGCAAAUCUCCCAUGAAUUCCGAAGCAAAAAUAAUGUAGCUAAACAAGCAAACUACUUUUCAUGCUAGUCUGUUGUGUUCAUGACUCUCAUUUAGAAAUUCCACAGCUGUCCAUGGGAAUCAAAGACUUUAAUUUUCAUAGGAAACUCUCUUUGGAUACCUCCUUUUGCUUGUAUGACGUUGUUCCAGCCACUGGGAGAAGACAUCAGAGAGAGAAGUGACCAAAUACAUCUUCUUGUCACUUAAUACCUACAAGCGAUGCAACAGAAAUCUCAGGUGUGAAACAGCUGCACUCUGCGUUACCCAGAUCUGCUCUGUUACCCAGAUCUACGUUACCCAGAUCUGCUCUGAAGGUUACAGUUCCACAGUUCAACUCAAGGAGGAGAAGUUUGACCCUCGCGUGCAAUACAUAUUUAACUGAGUUUAAUGUGAAGAAAUUCAUCUCUUGGGUGAACACUUUCGAAAAAAUCUUAGAGAAUGAAUUUCAACUAGCUAACAUUGGACAGAUGCAUUUAUAUUUCUAAGGAAGACUGUUGGGAAUUCAUUGCAUAUGGUUUCAUUUCAAUGCAAAAAAAAAAUCUAUCUAAUUUUAAAGGUCACAGAAAGGUUAGAGAGCAAAACGUUUUUUUAAAGAUAUGAGUGUGAAACAACGUAAAAGGAACCUACUUCCAGGCCAUUAUUCAGAUUACUGGUCCACUGUCUCUGUGAAGAAAGAGAUUAUGGUCAAGAGGACUGGUUGCAUGAAAAAUUAUGUAGAACCUCGUUCUGUGAUGGGUCUAACGUGGUCAACCCAUUAUGUUACUAAAAGCAGACUGUUAUGUUAUGCCCUGUACUCUGAUAGCAGAUUCAUGUUUCUGAAGUGAAAAUAAACUCACCAACCCCUGACCACAUCCUAUAGGGGUCCAGUGGCUUGCAAAAGAGCUAAAUCAGGGUUUCUGUUAAUGCUAGAAACUGUACAUUAUGGCACAUAAAAGAAAUAGAGGUCUAACCAAAACCUGUCCAGGUAAUUUACUCAGAGUCAGUUUGCUGCUCCACUUCUGUUUCUUCCAGUUAGUGAAUGUCAAAAUUAAUACACUACAAAAGGAUGUAUAAUUCUAUUUUUAAAGCAGGUAUGUAAGAAACUGGCUGGUAGUUUUCAUUGUGGAAUUUUUGUAAAAUAAAAAUACCUUCAAGUUUUUGUAACAUACACAGGGAUGUGAAUACAUUAAAGCACCAGCUUGGAAUACUCCACAGAUGAAAAAACAUGUCUUCCUAUUUCUUCUAUGGGGUUCAGACUUCACCUUAGAUUUGUUUUUUUAUCUUCUAUUCCUGAAGC